AUGGAAGAAAGACACCAAAAGCCUCACGCAAUCUUCGUAUUCUACCCAUUACAAGGCCAUGUUAUCCCAUCUGUCCACUUAGCCAUCAAACUUGCAGAAAGAGGCUUCACCAUAACCGUCAUCAACACACACUCCAUACACCACCAAACCUCCAGAGCCCAACCCGAUGGCGAAGAUGACAUGUUUGCCACCGUCCGGCAAAAGGGUCUCGACAUCCGUUACACCACCGUGCCGGACGGCCUUCCUGUGGGGUUCGACCGGUCGCUAAACCAUGACCAGUUCAUGGCUACUUUGUUGCAUGUGUUCUCUGCCCAUGUGGAGGAGGCGGUGGAGAAGAUUGUGAGGUCGGAACCGCUGAGCCGGCCUUAG